CCAACCUAGGUAACCUUGUGAGCCAAAUUCAAUCGUCUUUUGGAGUGGACAAGAGAUCUCUAAAUUCUUUAUAAUCUGCUAUUGAAGAGUGACAAUGGCUUCCCUCCACAUCACGUGGCAUUUUGCACCCGAACAUGUCCCAACUUUCUACGAAGCCUUACGUCCGCUCCAUGAAAAGCUCGUACAAGAGAAAGAAUGCUUGUAUUUCAAUGUCUAUGAUAUUAUGCAGCAGCCCGGCGUUGUGCGCCUGGUAGAGAUCUGGGAUUGUGAUAUGAAGUGGAUGGCUGAGGUCCAAUCGAAGAAAGACUAUUACGCGCCUUUCUUUGAGGCAACAAAAAAGAUUUCGUUGCAGCCGCAGAACAUUGAGUUUAUGAAGGGGGUGGGCGAAUUUCGAUUUAUGAGGUUGUAAAGGGUUGAGAUGCAGUCUUCUUCAUUUCCAAUCCGGGAGCGCGACUCUUCUCUCGACUGUUAAGCAAGCAUCACCAGUGGAUAAUGAUGACCACUUAACAUUGCAAUCUCUC